UCCGGCAAAGAGUCGCGUGUUGAGAAAUGCAAUUUCGCUGAUUGAAGUGUAAACCGCGAUCCUCUUUGGUCAGUUUUUAAAUAAGAAGCCGCCGACUGGCCGGACUUGGCCAAACAACAAUCUGCCACUACGGACCGAAGAACUCCAUCAUGUGGACGUUUUUCGCGCUCAAACUCUUCGCGUGGUGUUCUAUUGUUAACGCAGUGCCGACACAGAACGACAUCGUCAAGAGCUUUCAGACGUCGGUACAUCAGCAGGACCUACAAUCGAUACUGAUAUCGAUUGAGGAACGACUGAGAAACUUGGACAACAUCUACUCGAUGCAUUUAUCGCCAACUCUUGAAGAGAAAUUAGAACAAUACCAAAGAAAACUCGAGUCAAUCGACACGAAAAUAAUCCGAUUAGAGUCGUUAGUCAUGCUGAAUUUAGAUAAAAUAUCGGAAAAUAUAAGCACGAAAAAUUUUAAAGACGAUAUUGCCAAAACAAACCUCAUGAAAAAAGUUGACGCUGUUUAUGAAAGCCUCAACCACAGGAUGGGCUACGUUGACAGGAAAUUCGAAACUAGCGUAAACAAAAUACAGAGUAAAUUGGACACCACCUUAACACGUCUGGAAAGAAUGGAAGAUGGUUUCACUCGCAGAAACGAAGACAUCGACUUGGAGCUCUCAGACGCCAUUGCGGCCAUCGACGACUUAAAAACCAGCUUCAAAGCAGCAGAAGAAAGCAUUGUCAACAACACCAAUGAAAACUUUGAGAUUUCUCUCAAAGAGCACAUGCUACUAAUGAAAAGCUUCAACGACAAAUCCAACUCAGCUAUACAGACUUUGUACGAAAACGUGACAAGAGAUUUUGACAGGUUAGAAAAUGGGAUCCAAAUGGGAUCGCAGGCCAUUAACGAAACGGAUCGAUUUUUAAAAAGCCUCAAGCUAGAACUAAAACGGGAACUUAAUGAAUAUGCCGUAAAAGUAGCCGAAAUGAAUUCAGAAAAUUGGAAAACCGGAGCUAUUCUACAAAACAAACAAGAAUCGCUAGAAACCGUAAUAAAUUCUACAAAAACGGAAUUAGAAAACGGGAUAAGGUCCCUUAUGAUCCUCAUCGGAAAAAUUUCGCCCAAAGACAAUGCUCCUCAAUCAGAUCAGGGUGAAAUCGAGAAACUCAAAAACGAAAUUGAUUCCAACUUCAAAAAAGUUUUCUACGCUCAAGACUUAUUCAUGGAUAAUUGCUAUCGACUGCAAAUGGACGAAUCUCAAAUAGAAUCGAAAAUCAGCGACAUUUUAGAGAAAUUGAUUGAAACUUUCGAUAAAAACAUUUUUAGAACAACUAUUGAAAUAAAGGACAUAAAAAAUUUAGAGAAACUAAUUAAAAACCACGAUGCCCACAUUUCGCGACAUUUAUAUCAAGCUGGGACAAACAUCGUAACAACUUACGAGAAAAUGACCAAAGAGCAUCGUCAAUUCUCGUCGGAUUUAAAACAGGUCAGCGACCAUCUAAAUGCCCUUUUCGCGCUAAUCCGAGACACUCUCGCUGAUGAAAACGGUUCUCUAUCGUCGAAAAACGUCAACUUAUUAUUGAACGAAAUGGAAACGAAAAUUACGUCCCUCAAUAAACAAGGCGAUCUCCUCACGAAUUCCGCCCGAGAAAUAAAGGAGAUAGUCGAAAAGCUCCGUCAUAAAAAUUCCACUGGAGUCAUCGAUGAAUAUUUUAGAAAUAUGUCGGGUGUAAUUAAAGGGAUGGAAGCUAAAGUAAACAACGCCUAUCUUUAUUACUACUACAACAGGAGCAAAAUUGACGCGAUUAAUCAGAACCUAAGCCGGCAAUUGCAAGAAGUAAUUGACGUCGUUGCGAAUAAAAACGAGAGAAAUGAAACCGAAACUAAAGACGAAAGAAUCAGGAGGAUCAUUGACGAUAUCUUCGGACCGAAACCCGAGGCUGAAACACAAGAAACGCUAACUGAUACAAUUAGGGCUAAUGAAACACUAGAAAUUUCCCCGAAUAAUUGCACAUCAAACGUUUUAGACCUCAUCGAUGUGCGGAGUGGAUUUGAUUGUGACAACACAAAAAAUGAGCAAACAACACAGAAGACACCGGAAAUUGACGAGUAUGAAGAGACCGACACCACCUAUCAACAAGUUUAGUCCAAUUUUGUGAACACAAUAAAUGUUUAAAUAAAUCGUGCUUUCUUACCUCUA